AUGCUUGAUUAUACACAAGAAGCAUGCUGGUCACCGACAUUAACACCAUCAUCAUCAAGAAUACAUUUAUCUAUCAGUGGUCAAUUACAAUCAUAUUGUGAUUUAAUAUAUCAUCAUGAAUUAUAUGUUGAACAUUUUACAUCAAUAACAACACAUUAUCAAUUAUUAUUAUUAUUUUUUAUUUUAUCUUAUACAUCAUACAUCAGUUGCAAAAAAUAUGCAGAAUUUCAGUUAUAUCAAUUGAAACAAAUUAAAAUGGCAUUGAAACCACACCUAAUACAAUUUAUGAAAAAAGUCUUUUAUCAUGCUUCUAAUAAUCAACCAUAUUCAAUUGCAUUCAUAGAUUCUAUAUCAAUAUAUUUUGAUAAAAUACAAAAUCAUGUUGAAUUAACAUGUCAAUUUUCAACAGGUGAUAUACAAGAUUUAUUACGUUUUAUAAUAUUUAUAUCAGAAAUAAUUUAUAUAAAUAUAUUUUAA